AUGCCACGCCCUAAACGGUACAAGAAGCAGGCCCGGAGGUCAUCUCCCCCGUAUGUCAGUGGUCGUCGCCGCGUGCCCGGACGUCCUCGCACUUUAGUGACGGUCGAUUCUGCGUCCAACGAUGAAAGCACCACGGUGAUCGGCGCCACGGCCCCGGUUGGCGCGCCGCCGUCCACCACCGCAACAGUAAGCGGUCAUUCAGCGGAGGAUCAGCGUGCGCUCGCCUCACGCCCAGCGCCCAACCAGAUAGUCUCGGCGGCGGGUUUCAGCGGAGGUCCAAACACUACCGGAGCAAGUGUGGCUAUGGGUGAUGCACCGGUUUCGUACAUUAGCCCCGCAAGCGGACAUUCACGCGACGACGUUUCCCAACCUCCUCCCAGCUUAUUAAUAGAAGGCGAUGUAUGGAUUGUCGGAGACAGCAUUGUCCGCAGGGCGGCGACCAGUCUGGGGUGUAAGCCUGAAGUACAUUGGAAGGGUCUGGGUGGAGCGAGAUACGGUGAUGUAGCUUAA